CGCUGCAUUGGCGCUCCGGGGUCAGUUGAGUGUAGGGAGUGCAUGAAGGAAGCGGCCUUGUCACACACGUUCCUGCAGAUCGCGACAACAUGAACAAAACUCUUGCAUUCAUUCUUCUGGUGGCGGUGGCAGCUGCUGAAGGCCGCGCUCGCGGCGCCAAGCUGGGCCAGCGCCGAGUUCGUCAACAGUCGCUGUGGGGCAGACCGCGCCAGGACCCAUACGGACAAAGUCCUGUAGGCGGGCAGCCUGCACCCGGAGGAUACCCACAGCCAACAGGUCCUGCAGAGACUCCUGCUGGGUACCCACAACCCGGAGGAUCAGGAGCACCUUCAGUGCCUGCUGGGACUUACCCACCCGUUUCCCCAGCACCGGUAACCUCAUCUGGUUUUCCCCAGCAAGGAUACCCUAGUGGAACCCAGCCGCCACAGACACCAAUAGUAGUACCUGGGAACAUUUCCCCCGCGUCCAUUCCUACAUGCUUGUACCCUGGGUUCUUCCCAACUCCGGGCUCGUGCGUGAACUUUUACCGCUGCGUCGACUGGACAGGCACCGGGUCUUCCUACACCGUCUUCCAGUUCAAUUGUCCACUCGGCACAAUCUUCGACGACGAGUUGGACACUUGCAGUCACAUCGCCUGGGUGGUACCUAAGAGACCAGAGUGCGAGUAUAUGCUGGCCUCCAGCCUGGUACCAAUUGGGUCAGGACCUCUUCAGCCCGGAGCAGGUGGAGCGCCUGGAGCAGGUGGAGCGCCUGGUGGUGGAGGUUAUGGACCAGGGACUGGAGUCGUUCCGCAGCCACCUGUUCAACCCCCUGUGGCACCCGGAGUGGGCUACCCUCAACCCGGUGGAGGACAAGUGGGGCCCGUUUCACCCCCUGUGACAGAUGGCUCUGCCCCACCCAUGCCCUUCACUCUGGAGUGUUUCUCGGGGCAAGCCUACCGCCGCCAUCCCCUCUACUGCAACAGAUACUACCGCUGCCAAUGGGACGGCUCAGACUGGGUCUUCCCGAUGCUAACGUGUCCCCGAGGCCUCAUCUUCAACGAGGCGGGACAGAACUGCGCAGAUCCUGCCACCAUUGCGACGUGCUCGGGGCAAAUCGCCCCAGAGCCGACGCCUGAGGGCAGCGAUGGAACCGACACCACCUCCACGAGUGUCACCGACGCCACCACAACUGAGGACUCGCCUACAACACAGGGAGUUGACCCCUCAUCGCUGUACGAUUGCCCGGCAAAGGGCUACUACCCCUUCGAAGGCGACUGCAUCCGCUUCUACAAGUGCGUCGAGCUCGACUCCGGACUCCUCAAGGGGCUGCUGUACAAGUGCCCAGAGCAGUACGGCUACUCAGAGGACAAGAAGCGCUGCGACAAGGAGGAGCGUCUGCCCACGUGCACUAAGAGCCCCACUCCAGCCCACCUCAGACUCGCGCCCGCCAGGGAGCUCACCGUCGAAGACUUGGCCUGGUUCUUCAAUACUUAUUAACGAGAUGCCUUAUUCUUCAAUACCUAUUAACGAGAUGACUGGUUCUUCAAUACUUAUUAACAAGAUGCGAUGUGCGGAGUUUGCUCAUAGCAUUUUGUUCUCACGCAUCGUAGUUUGUUCCCACGCAUACUACGAUGUGCGGAGUACUUUGUUCCCAGAUGCUCAUAGUACUUUUUUCCCAUGCAUUAAGGCGUUGUGAUUGUUGGAGAGAAAUUGCUCAUGUUUAGGGAUUGCCAUCAAGUUAGUUAUAAAUAAGUUCGAAAAUCUGCCAAAAUUGUUACUGUGGGAUUUUAAGUUAAUGAGGGAACUUUUUAGCUAUAAGGUAUAUUUAAAUGUCUUAAAAUUCGGCAUUAUUUAUAAAAAUUAUACGCAAUUGAAUAUUUCGAGCACGCAUGGAUAUAAGACGAGCGAAAAAGCUCCUUGUUAAUUAAAAAAAAGUAAAAAUGUUGUUGCUUGUAGACCAUAACGAAGAUUGUUUGGUUUUAUGCUUCUUACGUUCAACGUGCACCAGAACGCUGACUGAACAAGGCGCUUUAAGGCCUGACAAAAAAGUAGUAUCAAAUUAAAUGUUCUUCAUGCACUCUCCUUCAGAGGGAUGCAUUAGUAUAGUGUACUCGUAUUAUUUGAUAUACCCAAGGGAGAGAAUGCGUUUAAAUUAAAUGUUUUUCAUGCACUCUCCCUUCAGAGGGAUGCAUUAGUAGUAGUGUACUCGUAUUAUUUAAAGUACCCAAGGGAGAGGAUGCGUUUAAAAGAAGGAUGCAUAUAACGCUUGUCGUUUGCUGCAGCAUGGCAAGCUCUACCCGUCAUGUGUGGCAAAACAAAGCUUGACUCGUUUAUCCUGAACAAUUUCAUAUUCAGAGCGAGCUCGUUAUCAGAAAUUUUUCCAAUUUCGUUGAUAAAACGAAUUUUUUAUUGUUUAUUUUGCCAAUAUUAAGGAAUUAAUAUUUUGCCAUAAUUAAGGAAUUGUAAUUAAUUAACAUUUUUAUGAGCUCUGUGGAUAAGGUACAGAAAAUGUUAGGAAUUUAACUUUCUGUUGAUUACCGGCAUUAUUUCAUUACAGGCAUUCUCUUAGAUCAGGUGAUACUCUAAAAAAUAUAACUCAGUACUCACUGCAGUGAGUGACAGAGAGCGCAGU